AAUUUGCUUAAGAAAAUCAGAAUCAAAUCUUAAGGCGUUCGUUGAACACAAUCUUCUCGCUGUCGCUUUCAGUUCUUUCAUAUCCUUCUUUCAACAACAUGAAGUUCGCAUUUGCCGUAGUCUUGUUGGCCCUUGCUGUUGGUGUCCAAUCUUCGGGAUGGGGUGGUCCAUGGGCCGGUCCCUGGGGAGGCUCAUAUGCUGAUCAUAGUGCUUGGGGCGCUCAUGCCGGUCCCUGGGCUGGCCACUGGGGAGGUCCAGCUGCCGUCGAUGUUAGCGGAGCUUGGGGUCAUGGUGCCUGGGGCCAUGGUGCUUGGGGUGGUUAUCCCGGAAUCUCUCUGAGCCAAGGACCCGGUUUGGCUCAUGGUGCCCAUGGACCCGGUGUCUAUGUUGCCAAGACUCGCGGUGCUGUCCACACCGCUCCUCUGGCUGGUCACAUCAACUCAGCUACUUCUGUGAAUGUAGCCCCUGCUCCAGGAACACACUAAACGACCACAGGCACAUCUCUACCAGCUGACACAGGACACCAAACUAGUUUUACGUUUCCACCUACCACCUCCAUCUAUACCCAUUAGUUGUUCAUUCUCUUUGAACUACUAAUGUCUUUGUACUGAAUUUCUUCUCUCUUCGUUUACUUUCUCUCUUUUCUCUUUUGCUUCUCUUUCCAUAUCCUUUCUCCUUUUUAUAACUAGCUGCAACAAGAAAAAAAUCCUUAAAAAAAUGUACAUAAAAACAGGAUCUAUAUUUUCAUGAAUUGGUCUUUGAUCUUUUACAUGUAAGAGAACUUUGUUAUAGUCUACACACACAUAUCGUUCGUUUAUUGUUUCUCAUACUUAUUAUUGUAAGGACACCAUACAUACUUAUCUGAAACGAAAUGUAACAGAAUAAAGUUAUUAAAAACUUA